AUGGCGGCGUGCCGGGGCUUCUUCGAGUGCCUGCUCAGGCUGCUCAACUUCAUCCUCACCGUCGCCGGCCUCGCCAUGGUCGGCUACGGGAUCUACCUGCUCGUCGAGUGGAUGAAAAUAUCCGAGGACGGCAGCGGCGGGAGAUUGACGUCGGAGGUGCUCGUCUCCGGCCGGCCGUUGUUGGGAGCUGUCGCUCUCGGUGACAGCUUCCUCGACCAGCUACCCAAAGCAUGGUUUAUUUAUUUGUUCAUUGGUGUUGGUGCUAUCGUCUUCCUCGUGUCUCUGUUUGGCUGCAUUGGAGCAGGGACAAGAAACACCUGCUGUUUGUGUUUCUAUGCUUUCUUGGUCAUAUUGUUGAUCCUUGCUGAAGCUGGAGCUGCUGCAUUCAUCUUCUUUGACCAAAGCUGGAAAGAUGGAGUGCUCUUUCUGUUAGCUCUGGUUGUCAGGGCAAUGAACAAACCUGCUGAGUAUGACAGUGAUGAUGAAAUUAUUGCAAUUGGCCGAAGCCCUACCAUGCGGCAGCCAUUGAUCCAUGCCCAAAAUGUGCCUGCCACUGGUGUUCCUGUCCCAACACUCGAUCAGCGUGCAAGUAGAAAUGAUGCCUGGAGCCAAAGGAUGCGAGAGAAGUAUGGUCUGGACACGAGCCAGUUCACGUACAACCCUUCAGACCCAAGCAGGUACCAGCAGAAUGGCACGCCACAGGCUGAAGAAAGGAGUCGAUGCACUAUAAUGUGA